GCCGGAGGGAACAAGGACAGGUCGGAGCGUGCAUGGAGGCCGUGAGACGGGUUUUCAGAGCAGUCGGUUGCCGGGACGUCCGCCGGCAGCACGCAGACGAGACGCGUAGACGCGGGCAGCUGGCCAGAACCAGGGAUGAGGAAGGCCUCGAGAGAUGGGCGUAUAGAGCGACCAGUCCUAUGCGCAUGCCCGUGCUUCCGGAGGGAAGGCAUAAGACUGCCGACGGCGAGCAUGCCGAGGUCCGCGUCAAGGAGCAGUCGGAGGAGGCCGAGCUGGGCAAGAAAGGAUCCAUGGCGACGGCCACUCUAUUGCACGAACCAGGGCCUGCGCAGUUCCCUGCUGGGCUGCUAGUCUCUCGAGUCGCGGAGGGGCCUGUUCGCACGCAACAUCAUCUAGCGACACCCGCUACAGGAGGCGACGGGGGGUAUCCCAGCGAUCCGAGGAGGAUGGCACACGCGGGGACCUGUACAGCUCCGAAUGAUCGAAGGCAGACGACUCAGUGGCGAGCCAAGUGUCUGCCGAAGGCAGACGUGAGCGGCGCAACAAGCGACGAAGGAGAGCGAACCAGGGCCACAGAGGGAGAGCAGGUCGAUCGGGCGCAGUGUCGGCGGAAGGAGGGAGAUCGCAGGCUGUGUGCAGCAGUAGAGCCCGAAGUCGUUGCGGAGGGAAGCGUCGGUAUUCCCAGUGCCGAGGACAACGAGUGGAAAGGUCUCGGACUGAGUAAGGGGGACACGGAGUCCAUUCACGCGGACACCGAGUGCGGCGAGGCGGUUGGGACUAUAGAACUUCGAGUCGAACCUAGAACACCGUCGGGGUGCGACGAGCCGGCGUCCGGCCAACUGGGGCAGUUAGGCGGGCCGCAAGUCGCCACGCAGGUGAAGAGUGGGGAUGUCGGGCGCCGUGUACUUGCGGUAGAUGGCCGCAUCAGUAUCGAGAGCGAGCAGGGCGGGGACCGUGAGGAGUCGACGAGCAGAGCGCGAGUAUCUGACGGCGGAAGGUCGGUGUCAGACCUCUCAGAAGCGGCGAGUCGUGGCGAGCUAGGCGAUGGUGAGGCCGUCGCGAAUGCCCACUACAUGCAAGGCCGGGAGCUGAGCGGCGAACAAACCGAGUCAGAGCCAGAAGGCCGCGUACAUCCAGACGGGGACCCUGCAACGAGUCUAGACCAGGGACGGGCGAACACCGCGGUUGGACAAUCCGAUGGUGGCGAGCAGCAGUUACCGAGCGGGAUGAAGACCAGGGGCCGAGUCGAUGAGGAUAGGGAGGCGACAGGCAAGGACGCGCCGCGGGCUGGAUCAAGCCACGUCGUGUCGCAGCGAAGCGAAGUUGAGAGGUGUGCGGGAGACGGUCCGGGGCACAAGGAACGCGAGCAGGGACAAGACGAGGACCUCGCCGGAGGGAAUGCCUACGCGGGGAGUGUGCGGUGCUUGGGCGCAACUGACUUGGAGCUGAGUUCGAGCGAGACGAAUCACGAGCGCGUCGGCCGUCGCGGGACCCUUCCUGCGAUAGGGAUAUCAUCGCUCAUGCAAAGCAAGUACACGCGGACCGAGCAUGGCGGAAUGAGAGAGCACAUGCAGGGCAGCGAGUCCGCAGUCAUGCCCCAGAACGUUCUGCGGCGCAGGGGGCAGCACGGACGCACAGCGAGACGAACCAAGCGAGGAGCUUGCUGGCGAGUGAUGGGGAUCCCGAGCCGGCGGACGAAAACACUGAACCCAGCGUAGGAAUGCGGGCGAGCGCAUGAAGGAUGGCGAUGGCGAAGCAGUUCUGCAAGUGAA